UCGCCGCCGAGUUCUCUCUGCCUCUGCUCGAAAAGGGAAGUAGGGGUAGGGAGAACUCCCUUCCACUGUUCCACGAACCCCCUCCAUAGCACUCCCAUCCCCACCACUCGACGCGCUAUGUAAGAGCCCGCACAUGUUACCCCGCGUUCCAGUCUCGCAGCGGCACUCGCGAGCGCUUGUUCUGCACGCGUCGAAAAGUGGCAACGGAUCCAAGCAAGGAAGGAACGGAUAAAACGUUUGCGUUCUCUCUCUCUCUCUCUCUCUCAUACGGACUGCCUGUAUACUCGGAUCUCGCUGUUAUACAGGACGGUGUGGGUACGUACGCGUGCGCGCGGAGUUCUUUUCAGUGUGCUUCGCUCACCGAGUCCGACAGAAAUCUCAGUCAGUCGCGCACUCACCGCCUAGCGAAGGUUGAAGAACAGUUAAUCGAGGGAGAAGAGAGAAAGGAGCAGCACCGCCUGCACCGUUUCCACCCCAUUCCGCGUGUACAUCUUCGAGCACUUUUCUUUUUUUACUUUUAUAUAUAUAUCGUCGUAUCGUGCAAUUUUGUGGAAAUCUCGUUCGAGUGAAAAGUACUUACUUAGUCCACCCCCGGAUUGAUCUAUAAUUUACUUCGUACCCUUCUUUCUCCAUCUUUGCGCGCGAGUGCUGAGUGUUAAAAGAGGAAGAAAUUUAUUCGUUCCCGAGGACCGACAUCGUCGUAGUGUGGAUAAAUCGACGUCAAUUACCGGGAGUAGAGCACGAGAGAUAAGACACAUCUCCAGAUAUUCGCGAUUAUUCGCAAGACGAUAGUCUGCACAUCGGACGCACGCGCGCGCGCGUGUGUGUGUAUACGACACAGCAACAUCUCCGGAACAAUUCCCCGUGAGUGGCAAGACGGCCGAUCGUGCGGACGUCCUCGGUGCUAUCCCGGUGCGAGCGACGACAACAGCCCAAAGAUUCUCCCACCAAAGGCCAAGAUGCAUAUCGAGGUGCAGGUGGCGCUUAACUUCGUGAUAUCGUAUCUCUACAACAAACUGCCGCGCAGACGGGUCAACAUCUUCGGCGAGGAGCUCGAGAAGGCGCUCAAGGACAAGUUCAAGGGCCACUGGUACCCGGAGAAGCCGUUCAAGGGCUCCGCGUUCAGGUGCCUGAAGACCGGGGACCCGGUCGACCCGGUCCUCGAACGCGCCGCGAAAGAGAGCGGCGUCCCGAUCCAAGACAUCCUGGAGAACCUGCCGGCCGAGCUCGCCGUCUGGGUUGACCCCGGCGAGGUGAGCUACCGAAUCGGCGAGCUGAACGCCGUCAAGAUCCUGUACUCGGAGACCGGCGACCCGCACGACGAGACCUCGGCCGACCGCGAGGUCACCAAGACCUUCAAUCCGGAGGCGCAGUGUUUCAGGCCGAUCGAGGCUGUCAGCACGUCCCUGAGCGGUCUCAGCCUCAGCCCCAAGUCCACGUCGCCGUUCUCGAGCUCCCUCGGCAGCAACACCAGCAACGGCUCGUCCAACAAUCAGCAGAACGGUCACGGCUCCGGCUCCUCGUCGGCGCCCUCGCCCACGCCCAUCACCAGCUCCUUCAAGGGCUCGCCCAGCCCCGUGCCGGCCUUCAUCCCGCGCACUACCGCCCCGCUUACCUUCACCACCGCCACCUUCGCCCAGACCAAGUUUGGCAGCACCAAGCUUAAGACCAGCAGCAAACGCGCCAACAGGAUGUCGCCUACCGAGUUCUCAAACUAUAUAAAGCAGCGCGCAGCGAUGCAGCAGCAGAUCCACCAUCACCACCACCAUCAGCAGCAACAGCAGCAGCAGCCGCAGCCGCACCAGCAGCCGCCCCAGCAACAGCCGCCCCAGCAGCAACAGCAACAGGUGACCGCGGCCGGCGCGGCUGGUCUGCCGGUCUCGCAGAGCUCGCCGCGCAGUCGCAGCCUAUCACCAGGUAGCAUAGUCGCCGCGGCUGGCGCCGCGCAGCAGCACACGGACCCGAGCGCGUACUUCUUCCAACACGGGCCGGCCGCGGCGGCGGCGGCGGCGGCGGCGUAUCACGCGCAAUUUCCCCAUCGCAACAUCUUCGACUCGUCGAACCACGGCGCCUACCUGCCGGCCGAUCUCUACGCCGGCGCCAAGUUCCCGUCGUCGUACCUGGACCCGACCGCCCUCGCCGGUCAUCAGUUCUACGGCGGCGGUAUGAACGGCACCGGCACGGCCGGUACCAACGGCACCGUGAACGGCACGGGUACCAACGGUACCACCGGUACCCAGAGCACCGGCAGCAACCUGGGCCCGAUCGGUUCCGCGUCGACCAACGCGAACAACGCGGCGGCGCAGCAGCAACAGGACAAGAGCGCCCUGGUCGAGGGCCUCAACAACUUCGGCCUCGGCUCGGUCGCGCCCUACCCGGCCAGCCAGUACCAGCAUCUGCUCGUGGCCAACUAAUACCUCGCCGCGCGUACUCAUCAUCAUCAGACCAUCAGUGUCGGCAACAACGCUGCCGCUCCGAACCCAGGACGCCGGCAGCAGCAGCAGCAUCGGCGUCCCGACGCUCGCGCCGCUUCCGUCUUCGUCCUCGGUGCCGCUGGUCCACUCUCGACGACUACGACGAUGAACAAGAAGGAGACCGGGAGACCGGCGUCUCCCAGGCUCCGUCGCCGAGACGGCGUCCAGAGUCCGGCUUCCGUAGCUUGAUGACGAGCGGAAUUAGCCGGAGGUCUGGACCGUCAACUCUGCGUCUCUCUCUCUCUUCCCGGAUCAGACAAGAUCGACGAGAUUCACCUGUACCCCAGUCAGACGCUUUCUCAGGACGCUCUUUCGACUUUUUCCCGAUACAAGCUUUGUACAUACAUACACACUAUCCAGUAGCUAUCGACGUCCGGGGAGAGAGAUAGAGAUAGAGAUAGAGAGAGAUAGAUAGAGGAAGGAGUCCCGCCUCGGCGACUGACACCGAUGACGAUGACGGAAGCGAUCUCGAGGCGAGGAAAGAAGGAUAAGCGCGAUAGAGCGAUGGAGAACGUGUGUGCGUGUGGAAACGAUUGCCUGGUUCCGAGGUGUACGCCUGGUCGCGUAGCCAGACGUGUGCGUGCGGAAGCUUCUUUUAAGCGUGGAGUGGAGAGAAGAGGAGGAAAGAAGGAGAAAGGCUAGGAAGCGACUAACGAGAGCGUGUAUAUGUGCUAAAGUUGAAACACCCGAUAAGGACUCGAUUGCGAUUGCUACUCGACUACUACACUUUACCACUACGCAUACACACGUACACGUAAAGAUUAUUACGUACAUGUAGCGCGCCGGCAGACGUUUGAACGACGCGUCUUCGAGCGCCGACAUUUGGGACAGUAAAGACACACUUGACACGUUACAUAUAGAAAACGCAGAUACAAACACAUACACAUGUGCAGAUGUAUACAUACCGAUCUUCCCUUAAAUAAUUCGAUGCGAACACUACGUAGAUGACGACACGUUAAACACAUAGGUAUUGAAGAGAAAGAUGAAGAGACAGAGGGAGAGAAGAGAGAGAGAGAGAGAGAGAGAGAGAGAGAAAGAGAAAUCACAUAUAUACGAUACGCGAACACUAACUCACACACAGAUAUUACCAAUGUGUAAUAAUUUAUUUUUUCACUGGUAUAUAGUCGGAAAGAAUUGAAUAAUGAAUAUAUAUCUGUAGAGCCUAUGUAUUAUAUUCAAAAAUAUGCACACUCACUCUUAAAAAAAAAAAAAGCAAAAAAACGGGUUCUCGCGAAACGGUGUACGAACUACAGACAACACUUGUGUCCCCGAGCUCGUGCAUGUCGAGCGAAGUCGUCGCCGAGAUCCAAAGUCGUUAGAUCGAAUUUCUUUUCAAAAGGCGAAAAGGUGUCUUCCAAAGGUCUUUUUCUCCAUAUCGAGGCGUUUUUGCUUGCGUUUUUCGCGCGCGGGGCUAUUCAGGCACUAAAUACGUAAAGGCGCGCGUCCGUAAAACGAAAGACUCGGGAUAGCUUGGAAAGCUUCGAAUAGAGAGAAAGGAAGAACCUAAACCAGACGAGAUGACGGCAUUCGCACGAGAUAUACGGUAGAGUACGAAGAGGAACAAACGCACGAUCGAACCUUCUUUGAGUCUAGUAAUAACGUAGGAGAAAGAGAAAGGCAGAGAUAGAGAGAGAGAGAGAGAGAGAGAGAGAGAGAGAGAAAGGAGCUGCUCGCAGUUUUAUACCGUUCGGAAAACUCGUCCUCGGUACGAUUUUACAUUUUAUUUUUAUAAUAAAUGCAGUAGAACGUAGGAGAGAACGAGAGAAAGAGAGAGUGUGUGGCAAGUGAUUUGCAGUGGGAGGAUGAGGAAGAAGUAGAAGAAGUCAACCGGUGUGUUCGUAAGGGACGUUGAGUGGCCUCGUUGCUGGGGUCUUCUGUCUCCCACUCGCCCCCAGGUCGCAGAAAAAUCCAUCGGGAAUCGAUUUCCUUUCGAGAUAUUGCCUUUCGAUUUGAUAUCCGGAGUCGAUGACCCUCCAAGCUGUCGGAGAAAAUCCUCUCUCCUUCUUCGAAUCGUUAAAAACCACGGCCCUUUUGCCGCUAGCUAGGGUGUUGGAACGAAUCCGGAAAUUCCCUCCGUUGUAUUAUUUUGUAUAAUCGUAAUUGUAGAAGAGUACACUAUUUAUAUAUAAUAUAAAUCGCAUUAGUCGUAGACGAGCGAGAGAGAGAGGACACGUCUAAUCAUUUCAGUCGAUCAAAAUCAAUUGCUUCGAGACGCGAUUUUCCAAGGCUUUGACAGAACAGCUGAUUCCUCGCGACUCCAGCGUCCUUUUAAUCAAACCGAACGGAAUCACCUGCUGAGCUUUACGGUGCUGACAAAAAAAAAACGAAUCAAGUACAAAAAUAGCGCGAGAGAAUUCAAAGAAGGACGAGGGGGCGAGAAGGAAAAUGUCUCGCGAGAGCAACGAGUUGUCGCUUAGCGUUCGCGAGGUUAAUUAAGUGAUUACGUAAUUAAAAGGCCGCGCGUUAUUGUCGACAGGUCCGUCUGAUCGCGAGAAUCGAAAAAUCGAAAUUAUGAUGCUAUACGGAAUUUACAAGAAAAUAGUCUGCUUUAAUUUAUUUAAUUUUGAAAAUUAACCCUCAGGUUACCUCUCCGGGUUACGUUAACCUAUAUCAAAAAUGAUUUUUUCGAAAUUUUAGAAGAUCACUUUUCAUUUUUUCUCAAAUAUCUCGAGUCGUAGAAAUCUGGUGACAUUUGUACCGAUACAGUCUUUUUUUUACUGUCUGGCGUAUCGAUUGAAAAAAAAAUACUUCGAAAUAGCUUCAUUAGAUCCAGAAAUAUAAACAAAAGAAGACUCUGGGUUACUCUAACCCAUGAGUGGUAACUGAGGGUUAAUAUUUUGAAUUAAAUAUCAAUUGAAUUUAAUUGAAUCAGGUUUGAAAUAAAAAGCAGCUGAAUAUUCGAUCCGAUCAUCAUGAUCGAUCUUAGCUGCAGAAUGUUUAAUUAUUCUUCAACUGGCAGAGUAUUCUCGCUUUGCAAAAAUGUUUUUUAUUUUAUCGGAACCGUCUUCCUUUUCGGAAACUCACGAAGGGGGAUGAUUCGGGUCGCGUUUUGAAAAUGAUCGGUUGAAAUGGCUUCUUAUAUUCCAUCCAGCUCCUAGAUCUUCGAUAUUGGAGCUAAUUCAGAGGUGCUUCGUAAUCAGUGUAAUAAUAAUAGCGCUCGAUGCGGCUUGAAGAACUGAAUUCAGCGGAUGUUGGGGAAGCGGAUUUCCCAUUUUCCGGCGGAAAUCCUCGACGAUCGCGAGCUUGCCGACAGUAAUGGCGGCGGAAGUGCCGCGAGCCGCGGGCCGCGCGCACUAGGUGCUAAAAAGUAUUCAAAAGUGUUUUAAUCCUGUGGUCGUGGGACAAAACGCGAGGAGAAACGGGCCCGGGGGACGAAUCAGCUGGAGAUCGCCGAUUCGAGUCCGAUUUUAUAGGUCGCGCGUCUCCCUUCCUUAUUAUUAGACUAAUUUCUAGCGCGGGACAACGAGAUUUCUAGGGACGAGAUCGAUUAUUUCUCACACGAACUUUUCUAUAGGCCUCGUAGCGAAUUUUCCUUAAUCUCCCUGGCUCUCCAAGAGAUCGUCCAUUUUUUUUUAAUAAACGAAAUCUCUGGAAAAAAAUAUGCGCGGAUGAUGGACUCGCAGCCUCGUCCCUGGAACUCGCGCUCGUGAAUUUCGGGAACCACGUUAUUUGGGAAGAAUGAAGAGAAUUUUUUUUUUUUUUUUUUUUUUUACAUGACAUCUUGGUCCAAACUUAGUCGAACAUAGACACAAAUGGUUGGUGAUCUCCGGGCGAGCCCGGUGGGUGUGAAACAAGUUUUUAACCGCGAAAUUAACUAAGUAGACGUGAAGGGGGAACGCUGAUGAAGGACAGAACCCUUUAGUAAUAUCUAAACUUAAUUGUAACUAUUAACGAUACGUACGACUGUGGUAGCUAUGCUAGUACCUGCUAUUGUUAAAGAGAAAUUGACGAAGAUGCGAGUAAGAUAGGGACGAUAUGAAGGGUGGGAGAGAGAAAAAGUGGGGAAAAUGCCGCUGGAAAGAAAGAUCGAAUUGCAGCAUGGUGCCUCGAGAUGCGUAUCGAGAUUCACCGAUCGAUCUUUUUUUUUUUUAUAUAUAUAUAAUAAAUAUUUCCCAUAAUGAUUUAUUGGGUCGAUUUAAAAAAUUUGAUCGUUGUUGAAAAAUUAUUAAAAUUAUUGGUGAAAAAUUAUUCGUAGAAUAUCGAUGUCGAUUUUCCAACUGAUUAAUUGUAAUGUAAAAAUCGUAUAUUUUAUUUCGAUGAUAUGAGAAUUUUGUCUCUUUUUUUAGAUACGCACUCGAGUAUCAUUUUUCGCAUCGUGUUCCGUCAGCGAAUCUCGCAAAUAAUGAACGAUGACGCAAAGAGAAUUCAUCUCCCGACGAGAUGAAUCCGAGUCGAAAUUUUUUUCCUACUUUCCAAUUUACCAUUCUGCUUCGAAGAUACUUUAAACAGUAAGAUCACUUCCCUUUGAACCUUUUAAUCUCUCUAUAUAAUUAUAUGCUCCGAAAGUUUCCUCUUUGAACCUGCAAAUUGAAAACUGCUCGUUCCCUGUUUACUUGAGAUACAAAAUUAGCAGCUUAAUUCCUACAUAAGCUAUCCGUCAAAAUUCCUAAAGCUAAGAAAGAGUGAAAGAAUUGAAAGAAAAUAAUAGGUGUAGAAUUUCGACUCGGAAAUUUCGCUCCUGUCCUUUCCGUCGCGAAUCAAGAGGACGUUUACGAUUCGAUUGAUUUUUUUCGCACGCGACAAAAAUUAAAUCGGGGAUAAAAGGAGAUUCCGAACACGAGAUAGAGACAGAGAAGUUCUCUCUCGACGACGAAAUCGCGAAAGUUUCGACUCGGCGCGUUUCGCUGACAUUUCAAACAACCGGACGACAGUUGAAAAAAGAGAAAAAAAAA